GGAAAGGCAGGGCCCAUGAAGAUUGCAUUGGCGUCUAUAAUGAAUAAAGAAUUGUAUCUGGAGAGCUUUGACCUGGACUGUAGCGGAAAUAACCGCAGUCACCGAACAGCAGAAGCCAGCUGCGAGCAAUUGAUUGUCCGAAGAGGCCAACCCUUUCAGAUAACCCUGAACUUUUCCCCAAGGGGUUAUGAAGAAGGAGUGGAUAAACUGUCGCUCAAUGCUAUAACAGGUCCAUGCCCGUCUGAAGAAUCAGGCACCAGGAGCCAUAUCCCUGUCUCAGAUGCUCUGCAAGAUGGAACAUGGAGCGCAGCUGUCAAGAGCACGGAUGGAGGCACAGUCAUUCUUUCUAUCACCUCGCCCCCUGACGCCCGUAUUGGCGACUAUAACUUCACCUUGGAGACCUCCACUGAAUCCCAAGGAUCCAGUUUCCAGCUUGGAAGUUUCAAACUGCUUUUUAACCCUUGGUGCCCAGAGGACUCUGUAUACCUGGAGAAUGAAGAAGAAAGAAAAGAAUAUGUGCUAUGCCAGCAUGGGAUCAUUUUCCAAGGGACAAAGGACUCAGUUGAACAUGUUCCCUGGAAUUUUGGACAGUUUGAAGAUGGUAUGUUGGAGAUUGCUCUCCAGAUUUUAGAUACCAGCCCUAAGUUCCUAAAUGACUCCAACCGUGACUGCUCCCGGCGGAACGACCCGGUGUAUAUCAGUCGUGUCAUUAGUGCCAUGGUGAAUUGUAAUGAUGACAAAGGGGUUCUCUAUGGACGCUGGGAUAACAAAUAUGAUGAUGGAGUCAGCCCCAUGUUUUGGAUGGGUAGUGUCGCAAUCUUACGCCGCUGGAGAAAAUUUAGUUGCCAGGCUGUGAAAUAUGGACAAUGUUGGGUCUUUGGUGCUGUGGCAUGUACAGUAUUAAGGUGCCUGGGGAUCCCAGCCCGAGUAAUCACUAACUACAAUUCAGCACAUGAUACUAACAGCAACCUCCUGAUUGAACAGUAUCUGGAUGAACAAGGGAAGAGGCAGGCGAAGCAGAAAGACAUAAUCUGGAACUACCACUGUUGGGUGGAGGCAUGGAUGGGACGUCCAGAUCUGGGGGAAGCAUACAAUGGAUGGCAGGUUGUGGAUCCAACGCCACAGGAGAAAAGUGAAGGAACAUACUGCUGUGGUCCAGCUCCUGUGAAAGCUGUAAAGGAAGGAGACCUGAAUCUGAAGUAUGAUGUCCCCUUUGUUUUUGCGGAGGUAAAUGCAGAUGUGGCAUAUUAUGUACAGCAGAACGAUGGAUCUGUCAAGAAAACCCAAUUUAUUUCACUGGUGGGCCAGAAGAUCAGUACUAAAGCAAUCGGAAAAGAUGAACGGGAAGACAUAACUCACAACUACAAGUACCCUGAGGGCUCAGAAGAUGAAAGGCGUGUGUUUGAAAAAGCCAAUAAACAAUUUGGAGAAGGAGAAGUCAAUGAAAAAUCUCUUGAUGUUUCUAUUGAGAUUAAAGUCUCUGAGGGGAUGAACAAAGGCUUUGACUUUGACGUUUUUGCUGUCAUCACCAAUAACACAGAGGCGGAGAAACAGUGCCGCCUCAUGUUCUGCGCCCGCACCAGCAGCUACAAUGGAGAGGUGGGACCAGAAUGUGGCAUGAAGGACCUUCUCAAUGUCACAUUGCCACCCCAGGAAGAGAAGAGGGUGCCUCUGCGUAUCCUGUAUGAGAAGUAUGGCCCCACGAUUACCGACAACAAUAUGAUCAAGCUGGUAGCCAUGCUGUUUGACUACUCAUCUAAGGACAUUAUCCUGGCUAUGCGAGAUAUCCAUAUUAAGAAUCCAAGCAUCAAAAUAAAGAUUCUGGGGGAGCCCAAGCAGAAGAGAAAGCUGGUGGCUGAGAUUUCUCUAAAGAAUCCUCUGGCCGAGCCACUGACAGACUGCUGCUUCACUGUGGAGGGGGCUGGGCUGACAGCAGAGCAACUGGUCCAAACACUUGAUUGCCCCGUGGAGCCUGGGCAAGAUGCCAAGGUGAGAGUCGAUCUAAUGCCCCAGCUACCCGGCAAGCUCAGUUUGGUAGUGAAUUUCGAGAGCGACCUCCUGAAAGCCGUGAAAGGCUACAGGAACAUCAUCAUUGCACCUCUUCCAAAGUGAGAACCGGAGGACUGCGGUGGAGUGGUUUCAUAUUACUGUCCUAGAAUGUGAGCCUUUUAUAUUCCUGCAUAUAUACAAUCAACAUAUCCAUGUGCAUUUCUCUGUGGCCCUGGAACCUGCUUUUUUCCCCUUCACUGCCCCUCAACCUUGGCAGGAUGAUCUCUGCAAAAUGUUAUUUGGUGGCACGGUCUAUACGGUCAUUAAACCCUAAUACUGAGUGUCAGACAUCUCUGUGCUCUCCCAAUGGACUGUGUGUUGGCAGUAUACAGGAGUCAAGUUAUCUCCAGGACUAACCACCACCAAACUGAAUAUUGGAGAGCUGUAAAUAACACAUUGUAUUCAUGUAUUAAAAUCACUGCUUCUACGA